AAACAGAGUAAUUUGACCAUGGUCCUUUUAACGCCUUCAUCAAUUUAGGGCUUGUACGUGGCUUAGAAAAGGUGCCUUUUAUCAUGGAAAGUGGACCGGCGAAGACCUACGGCGGAGGCGCCGGCGGCAAGUUUCGAAAGCCUCCGGCGAGAAAGCCGCCGUCGACACCUUACGAUCGGCCGCAGGUUAAUCAAACGACCGGAGAGCGGUCACGUGGCUGGCUAUCGAAGCUUGUUAGUCCGGCUCAUUACCUAAUUUCUAGAGGCGCCACUAAAUUGAUGCCGGCGUUUUUUUCCAAUUCAGUCGCUGAUGCGUUAGAUCCCGGUAAUGAUGAAACUGAAUUGGUGGCGAAUCCUGAAAAUGAUGAGUACCAUUCUCCUGAUCCUGAGAUUUACAGGUCCCAAAGUGAGGCAGGGCCUAGCAGGCCUGCUGAUAGUUUGGAGAAAAAUUCAUCCUCUUUGGAACUUGAACAAGAUAACAGGAAGAAGUCUAAUGGUGAUUCUGAGUUAUCCAAGAUUGAGCAAUUAAUAAAAGGAAAAUUGUUUUCUAGGGAUGAAAUUAGUAGAUUGACGGACAUAUUAAAUUCUAAUGUCUCUUCUGAUGUUGAACGGGAAACAAAAAAGCCAAGUUUGACUGCAGAAGGUGAAGCCAAAAUGAAGGUUUCUUUUGCACCAGAAUAUCGCAUGAUCACAACCGAAAUUAAAGAUGAUGUCAACAGAAAUGUUUUGAGGGUCUCAUCUCCUCUUAAAGAAUCAAAUAUCCAAAACAAUGUCAAUGCUUCCCCAAUUGAUAUCGCAAAAGCCUAUAUGAGAACUCAUACUACGGAAUUGGUCCCUAGUGCUUAUAGCACCAUGUCUAAAUCUGAGAGAGCUCUAUACAGAGGUGAUGAUAUACAGGCAAAUUUUUUAAAUCCACAAGUACCCCAACCUUCUUCCAGGCCAUCAAAGGGACCCAUUGUACCAGAUCAGCAUGGUUAUGCAACUCCGUUAGGUCAAAGAGGUUCAUUUGGGCUUCAGAAAUUCGCAAGAACUCCAUAUUCUAGAACCAUCUAUUCCAAUUCUGAGUCUAGACCCAAGCUGACACAACAAACUGAUAGAAGGCCUCUUAAUAUUUCACCAAGUCCCUUCAAGCAGUCCCGAACUCCCAUUUUUGGUCAUUCUCGAACUCCCAUUUUUGGAAAGGUUAAAUCAAGGACUGAUGAUGAUAGUGGAUAUGGAACUGGGGGAGCUAUCCGUCGCAUACGUAGUAAGUUUGCUUCAGAAACUCCAGGCAGAGGAUCUGCUUCUCUGUAUUCCGUGAAGAAUGUUCCUUCACCGGUGAAAGAAUCGAAUGCUUCAAAAGUAUUCUUUUCAAAAGAGAAGAAUAUGGAAUUUAUUGGAACCAGUGGGGCUGCAAACAACCAGCCAGUAGAAUCUCUGGAAUAUGGCUCUAAAGAGGGACUACCAACAUCAAGUCCACAAUCUAGUCCAGUGGCUAGAGGAAUAUUGGAACACCUUGCAAACAAACCAACACCUAAUGAUAUUGCAGCUGAACUUAAAUAUGCAUCUGCAUGGAAGACUUCUCCUAAAAAGAAUGAUGUGUUGCAAACUGAAAUUACUAGUUCAACUCAGUUAAGUGGGAGUGCCAACUUGAGGAACAACUCAAAUUGCCUUACAUUUUCCGCCGAAGGUUCUGAUGGAAAAUAUCUGACAAGUAGAGAAAAAUCUCAGGAGAGUGAUGCUCUCAAUGCUAUAACCAUGAAGUCUAAAGUAAAUGGUGAUAGUAAUGGUACCAAUAGUACCAUCGCAGAGCCUAUGUUCGGCAUAAAAAACGUUUCCGAUUUUCAAAGCAAGAGAACACACGAGAAUGCUGUCUUGGAUGCCAGAAGGAAAGAUCAAGACACAAAUUCUUGGCCCUUCCAUAAACAAGUCAACGGGAAGGAUAUUAUGCAGAAGACAAAUCAUGCAGAAGGAUCCAAGUUGCUAGAUAAGCAGCCAUAUAUCUUUUCAGGAGCGAAGCGGACCUUGAAGUCCAUCUCUGUCGAGAAGAAGGGUGGCCUGGGAUUCACUUUUCCAGUUUCUGCACCUGGCUUACUAUCGGAACCUCCUACUCCUUCAAUCUUUCCAACCUUUUCAUCAGCCGACAUGCCUCAGGCUACAGAAGAUUCCACAUUACCUUCUUAUACUUUUGGUACCAAGCGUUCCACCCCUCGCCUUGAUUUUUCCUCUUUCCCUUCUACAAGCAGCUUCUCUACUGACGAUACGGCAUCAGAGAUCAAGUUCAGUUUUGGAUCUGAGAAAAAUACUAGGGUUUCUUUUAAUUUAGUGGGGAAGGAUCCAAUCUCCUACUCCUUGCUAUGAUAUGACAGGUGUUGUAAUUUUUAUUAUUUUUCUUUUAAUAGGAAUAAUUUUUGACAAUAGUUGUGGUAAUAUCAUGUUAUGACCAAGUAUUAUAGCUACAUUUUCAAACAAUUUGUAAUGUCGCUUUAGAGUGUUAUGUAUGUUGGCAACAACUGUAUGUUCCAUUUUUA